AUGACAGGUUCGCAGAAAGGUGAUGUAAAAACCCGUAAAAAACGAAAAACAUAAAGGUCAUCCAAGCCUCAAGAGCAUUUACAGAAUUAGGGCUUAAUGAGUUUUCAACCACAAGAAAGGUGAAAAUGGAUAAUCCUCCUAAAAGAUCUUUAUCUGUAACAUCAGAUCCAAAACUUGACAGGGAAUUCUUCAGCCCUCCUGAUCCACGUGGAGAACAAAGCUUUUUGAGGGCAGUUCCAACCGUCGGAUUGGGCUUAGUUUUGGCACUAGGUGUAGUAGUCUACCAAGUAAAGAUGUGGCCGAAAAUGAAAGCUAAGGGAUACGACUUCAAUAUUUAUUUUUGGAAUGCUAGGUUCGUUGCUUUUGCAACUUUUUAUAGUCUUACUUUGACAACUAUUUUCGCAGCAGACCUUUCUACAAAAGCUAAUAGGAAGCGAAAUAACAUCACCGACGAGGAUGUGCACCGUGCCAUGUUUGGUGACCAUACGCCACGAAAGCUUCCAACCCUGAAAAUAAAGCCAUAUGAAGGAAACCCUAUGGCUCUUUUCAAGACAAACAUCCUAGAACAAGUUCUUCUAAAAAAGAUUAAUGCAAAAAGCCAAGUUGACUGAAACCUCUUAUGCUUGCCACCUUCUGAGAGUUGCCAAUAUUUGUUUGGUAAUAUUCAAAGUAAAAUGAAUUCCAGCCAA